AUGUCGCAAGGUAAACGACCUACUAACACUGCGCACUUCACUCCUGCGGUAAAAAGAAAACGCGAGAGUGAUGAGUGGCAGGAAAAAUAUGUGGUAAUAAUUUAGCAUUUAUAAUAGUAUGAUAUUUGAAUUUCCAGCCACAUUUCGAAGAAGAGCUGCCAGCUCAGCCGACAAUUGAAAAGACAAGAUGGAGGAGACCUUCUCUUGAUAAAGAACUGGGAAUAACCAAAAAUAUUGCGUGCCAGGUCGGCGGUCUUCGAUGAUGAAUCCAAUUCUUUGUUCAGGUUUUGGAUGUGGAGACAUUUCAUGAACCUGGUUCAGCGAGCUCUGUAGAUAGGACAAAUGUGAAGCUCUAUGGUAUCACAAAAGAGGGCAACUCCGUUUGCGUUAUCGUCCACAACUAUUUUCCUCACUUCUAUUUUCAAGUAGGAAAAGUGUCAGUAGAUGGAUCUUAUUCAUUUUCUAGGCUCCUCCCGGAUUUGCAACUGAGCACAUUCAAAUUGCGCAAACGGCUCUCUGUAAUGCUAUCGCUUCAUCGAUGCGCCGAGGAGGCGGCGGGAAUGUACAAUUAUCUGGAAAAGUCGUCGAUAAUCUUGUUCACAUUGAUAUCGUUCACGGAGAAAAACAUAUAUUUUUAUAGAGGUUCGUUUCAAAUUUCUUUCAAGUUAUCAAUUUAUAUUUAGGCGAAGAAAAGAAGCAUCCAUUCUUGAUGGUUACCGGCUCUACUAACUCUCUUAACAAAGCACGAGCUGAGCUCAAAAAUGGAGUAAAUCUUAUGGGAGCCGGGCUUGUUAAUGUUUAUUGGUUCAAAUACAAGUUUGCAUUUUAUCAAACUUCAGGUAGGGAAUCUUUUCGAAGCAAAUAUUGACGCCGAAGUGAAGUUCAUGGCCAAAACGGGAGUUGUCGGUUGUGGCUGGAUUGAGGUUGUUUUUAUGUUCAAAGCCAUCAUUUUCUUGUUGCAGAUUCCAGCUAAAAAGUGUAAAAUUGUCCCAGAAAAUCUAAAAACUUCAAGGUAUGUUUUUGUUUUUGAAGAAGAAGAAAUUGCAAUGAAAGUUCGCUUGAGAUGUCAAAUGGAAGUCACGACGUCUGUUCAAGAUUUGAUAAGCCACGACCCGGAAGGAGAAUGGGCGGAUAUUGCACCGAUCAGGUUUUUAUAACAUUCUUCGUGGAAAUUUUUGUCUUUUCAUUUAAAUUUUGAAAACAUAACAUUAGUUAAAUUCGUCAAAGUGACGUCGUACUCAUCGAACGUUGAGUUAUUGCUGAAAGUAGUGCCUUAAAAGUCUUGCUGAAGUGUGAGAAUAAUUAUUUUUCAUUUGCUGUUCCGAUACUAAUCAAUGAUUUUUUUUUUAUGGAAUCUUCAUCAUCUUCUCUAUUCCAUGAGUUUUUCCUCAAGUCUUAUUUUCUUAAAAAUUGCUUUUACUUUGAGAAGAAAGAAAUCAAAGGAAUUUCCCUUUUUCUUAAUGAAUUCGCACAGUUUUUUUUCAUAGUUCCGAUUGUAUUUCGCUAUUUUUUUUUUCAAUUUUCCUCUCAGAACCUUGUCGCUGGACAUUGAGUGCAUUGGUCGCCGAGGAGUCUUCCCAGAAGCCCAAGAAGAUCCUAUCAUUCAGAUAGCGAACAUGGUCAAGGUGUAGUUCUUUCUGUCACGCCAAUAUUGCGAACUCGUGCCAGGUCGAAGGCGAGGCUGAACCUUUCAUCCGCAAUUGUUUCGUUCUGGGGACCUGCGCCCCAGUCGUCGGUUCUUCCAUCAUCGAAUGCGUCAAUGAGAGUGUCCUUCUUGAAAAGUGAGUUCUUAGCUAUUUCGAACCUAUUUCAAAAUUCGGGAAUUUUUAGGUGGGCGGAGUUUAUCCGCGAAGUAGAUCCCGACAUUAUCACGGGCUACAACAUUCUUAAUUUCGAUCUUCCGUAUAUUCUGGACCGAGCUAAGGUGAAAACAAUUUUUUGAAGAUUUCAGUUUUUUUUCCUCAUAACUUUUUCUGGGGCCAGAAAUUAAUGAAUAAUAAUGAUCUCACUUCACAGGUUCUAAAACUGCCCCAAGUGGCCUUCUUGGGACGUCAGAAAGACCGCGGCUCUUCAGUUCGCGAUGCCGCGAUCUCUUCGAAACAAAUGGGCAGCCGCGUCAACAAGAACAUUGACGUGCAUGGUCGCGUGAUUUUCGACGUUCUGCAGGCGCGUUUCUCAUAUAUAAUCAUUACUAUUGCUCUUUUCAUCUAGUUUAGAACAUGGGUGGCGGUAAUGAAAGCCAGACUUGAGCUUUAUAGCUCACUGAAAGUGAAUUUUCCAAAGUAACUUCCAACAACUCUCUAGUUCUCAGUUACAGGUGGUUCUCAGGGACUACAAACUGAGGAGUUACACGCUCAACAGUGUUUCUUAUCAUUUUCUGUCCGAGCAGAAAGAGGACGUCGAAUACAACAUAAUACCUGAGCUGCAGAAAAGCAGCGCCCAGACAAGAAGAAGGUAAUAUAACAAGAAUUCAAAGAAAGGAGGGAAAGUUUAAGAUUGGCUACGUAUUGUAUGAAAGACGCGUUCCUCCCUUUGAAGCUUCUUGACAAACUCAUGUCCAUCAUCAACUACAUCGAGAUGGCGAGGGUCACUGGAGUCCCACUCAACUAUCUUCUCACCAGAGGACAACAAAUCAAGGUUUUUUUUAGGAUUUUUUUCAUGGUAGUGUUUCACGAACCCUGUGAAGCGUCUGGAAAGUAGCUCUACUUCUGAAACAUCAUGAUAGAUGAUGUGCUAACGAAAAGAACCUCGUUUUUGGUUUUCCAACGACUUUUAAUUCAUACUAUGAAAGGUUUCUAGUUGUUUACUCUCCAAAAGCAAGAGUGGAAAGAGGGUAAUAUAACACUUAUUAAACAAAAUUAUAAAAAUACCGGAUCACUAAGCUUGACUUUUUUAGCACGGACAACGGAAUCUUCGAUAAUUGCGUUUUCUUUCUCAAUCAGAACAUCAGUCAUAUUGAAACCGCUCUGCAAAUGAGGUGUUCAAGAUAGUAUGGAAAUGAAAAAAAAAAACGAGAAAAAAGUUCAGAAAGAAUCCAAAAAAUUUUCCUAUUUAAAAAAUGAAAGGAAUAUGUCGAUUUUAAAGUAAUUCCGUGAAAAACAGCCGUCAUAGAAUGAAAGAGAUAAAUAAAUUUCGGAGAGUCAAAGAUAGUUAGGCAUUUCGCGUGAAAUCACUUUGAAUACAACAGGAGAACGUUUUUGCAUAAAAAAGGAAGGAUAUUGAAGAUCCUUUCGAUGAUGCUCCGGAGGUGCAGAGACAGCAAGUUCUUCCUGCCCGUGAUCGAGGUGCAAGGCGGCGACGGAGAGAGGUUCGACUUCCAUUGCGGUCAUUUCAGUACUUGCAAUGAUUUUCAGCUACGAGGGAGCCACGGUCAUCGAGCCCGUUCGAGGCUUUUACAACGAGCCGAUCGCCACUCUCGACUUCGCCUCACUUUACCCCUCGAUCAUGAUUGCGCACAACCUGUGCUACACAACUCUCAUGAAGAAUCCGAUUGGCGUUGAAGGACAGGUGAACUUUCGGGAAGAGUUUUUCAGUUUUUUUUUUUUGGAAUGAAGAUAAACCCCUUCACUUUUCCAUAAAUCCGAGAGAAAAAUGGAGGGAGGCUGUCGAUCAGAACGUUUACAAUCGAUCUUAAAAAUUUUUUCACAAGUGGCCACCAAACAACAGACCUUUACAAUAUGGUUUCAUAAGAUCUGAAAAAAAAGUUUUUGGGAUUUGAUAUUUUGAAAGGGUUUAAGGAUUACAUCAAAACACCAUCUGGUCAAUACUUUGCAACGAAAGAAAGACGCCCGGGACUUCUUCCUGGAGUCCUCGAAGAUCUUCUCGCUGCGAGGUUUAUUUUCCUCGUUUUUCUCUCCCGAUAGUCGCAUUUUUUUCACAGAAAACGUGCCAAAAACGAUCUGAAGCAUGAAAAAGACGAAUUUCGAAAAAUGGUCCUGAACGGUCGUCAGCUCGCUUUAAAGGCAUUGUUUUUUCUUUUCUCUCCUUUGGCCAACUGGGCUUACAGAUCUCUGCAAACUCGGUAUACGGUUUCACUGGUGCAACUGUUGGAAAACUGCCAUGUUUGGAGAUUUCUCAGUCCGUCACGGCCUUUGGUCGUGAAAUGAUCGAAAUGACCAAGACCGAGGUGAUCGCUGGCCGGGUUUCCAAGCUACCUGACAGUCUCUAGGUGGAGAAGCUCUACAAAAAGGGAGCGAUGGACGGAAAGUGCCCCAACGACGCGAAGGUCAUUUACGGCGACACGGACUCUGUGAUGGUCAAGUUUGGAGUUGAAACUGUUGCACAGGUUCUUGCUCUUCCAUCCAUUGAGUGGAAGGAGUUUUUUUCCAGGCCAUGGAAAUUGGACUGCAUGCAUCAAAGGAAGUGAGCAAAAUCUUCACCCCUCCCAUCAAGCUGGAAUUCGAGAAAGUGAGCUUUUAUAAACAAUUUCGGAAAGGGUUUUCAUAAUUUACUUUUCUGAUUUUUACAAAAUUGCUUUCAAAAAAAUUGGAUUCUUUCUCCCAGCUUUUUAGUUCUUUUUUUCGUUCAGUGUGAGAAGAUGAAGAGCAUGUAAAUAGAUUUUUUUUUUCAUCCUUUGUUUUUUUUUCCAACUUUACUCAGAACAAUCUAACUCGUGACAAGUAAAAUGUGGGGUUUGAGAUAGGAAGAGUUUUUUGUAAAGCUUUUCUUUUGCUUUCCAAAAGGUGUACUUGCAAAACGGAAGUUCUUUCUUUAGAAUUAUUUCAAAAUAAGGGUAACUUUUGAAAGUAAAUAUUUUAUGCGAUUUCGAUACCCCUUUGAAGCUUCAAGGAAAAGCUUUACAAAGAUAACUUCGAAAGCCUCUUUUUUCCUUGUUGUAUUUUUUCAAGAUGUUAACUUCAAGCGUUGAGCUUUAAGGUCUAUUUCCCGUAUCUCUUGAUCAACAAGAAGCGGUAUGCUGGUCUUUACUUCACGAAUCCGGAUAAACAUGACAAGAUGGACUGCAAGGUACUUUAUUCGUCGUUAAAUAUUACCGUUGAUCUACUUAGGGUCUGGAGACAGUCAGAAGAGAUAAUUGCCCUUUGGUCGCUAAAGUUCUGAGUAUUUGCUUGGAAAAAUUGCUGGUAUCUAUUUCUCGUAUGUCCAGAACUCCCUGGUUUCUUCUUAGAUUGAUCGAGAUGAGAACGAAGCUCUCAACUUCGCCAAGAGAAUUAUCGGAGAUCUUUUGUGCAACCGCAUAGACAUUUCUCUGCUGAUUAUCAGUAAAGAGUUGACAAAGUCAGGCGAUGUCAGUUUUUACCUUUUCGGCUCUCUUUCAUGAUUCUUUUUCUCUAGAAAUACCAAGCCAAGCAAGCUCAUGUGGAGCUCGCCGCGAGAAUGCGCAAAAGAGAUCCGGGAAGUGCGCCAAGGCUCGGCGACCGUGUUCCUUACGUUUUCAGUGAGCUGCUUUUUUGUUCGCUAUUCGACAAUGGUUUCAGUUGGAAAUUUACUGUCUUUUAACCUAGUUUAAUGUUUUUCUAGAAAUUUAUCGUGAAAAAAUUGCUUACCACGGUCUUCAAGUCUCCGACGCCAAUUUUAAAAAUCUUUAUUAUGUUGAGGAAUCGCAUAUCGUAUGAAAAUAAGCGGAAAAAGUGAGGUAUCGUCAUAUUGAUCGACUCAUAAUAUGCCUAUCACUCUUCUACAUUCCUGAAUAACAUUAAAAAAUUGAUUUCAGUUGCGGCAGCGAAAAACGUCCCGGCUUACGAGAAGGCGGAAGACCCGACCUACGUUUUGCAGAACAACAUUCCACUGGACACGAAGCACUAUCUGACGAACCAGUUGGCCAAGCCUCUCGCGCGAAUUUUCGAUCCUAUCCUGGGAGACCGUGCGGAGAAGGUUUGGGACGAGGAUCUGAAUGUUUCUUGACUCGGCGACAGAUUCUCACCGAAGGAGAACACACGCGAAUGCGGACCGUGGUGCAGAGCAAAGUCGGCGGCUUGGCUGCCUUUACCAAAAAGUCUGCGACCUGUCUGGGGUCCGUUUCUUUCGCUUCUCCUAGGAUCAUUCGUUUGAAUGAGAUGUUGAUUCUUGUGAGAUAUGGCACAUCAGCCCACGAUUUAUUGAAUUACUACAUUUCAAUUCGUUAUUUAGCGAAAAAGAAAAAAUUUUUUAACUUCCUGGAAGCCCAUUGUGUAUUUUAUCAAGGUAAGUACAGAAAAUUUUUUCUUUCAAAAAAAGAGCCUUUUUCGUUUUUCUUUGUUAAAAGGGCUACUUUUGGCAAAAAAAAACUUCAUAGUUGGAUGAAUUUUGUUUUUCAUAAGAAUCAUAUACGAAAAAUUAGAGAAAAUCGAUUGUCAGCUGAAAAUACGUACUAAUUAAUUAGCUUUUGCCUCGAAAAUGAGUGAAAAUAUCCGAUCUAUGACCUAAAAAUGUCAAAAUUGUUCUCAUAGUUAUUCCAUUGAUAACUUCAAAUAGCUCAGUUCUCUCAAGCCCUUAUUUUCAGAUGCAAGAGCGUUCUGCCGAAAGACAGCUCUAGCGACGCUGUUUGCAAGCAUUGCCUUCCCAAAUUACCCGAAAUAUACUACAGCAGGUAUUUUUCAGCUCAUCUAAUAAAAUUGGGAGAAAAGUUUUCAAGUGAGGCUGUCCAAAGGGAAAAAGCUAAUCAACUUUUUUUUUUGUAGAGUUCCAGUUUUUUUUUAUUCGAGAAAAAAAGGAAUUGAAAAAGAAAAAAAAAUUUUUGUUCCUUAGCCAAAAAAUGCUUUGAAACUUUGAAACUUUAUUCAGUCUUCAGAGAAGGUACUCUGCUGAAUCAUGGAAUAAUUGAAGAGUUGUUCGUCGGUUUGCGAAACUGUCGUUGAUCAAACGUAGACGGCGCGUAGAGCAUCUCGUCUUUCUUGUGAUAGUAGUAGACGACUUUCGAGCGUUUCCGACGAUCACUGCUUCUCCAUGUAGGAAAAGUACGGCGCCCAGCUUGUCCAGGGCUGACGAGCGUCGGAUUAAAUCUCAGACGAGAGCGGAAAUGAAGACCGACCACUCGGGUGGUAGAAAUGAGAUAAAAAAUGCUUGGUUGCUGGAAAAUAUUAUUGGAAUAGUUUAAUUUUCUUCUAUAAAUGUUUUAACACAAAGCUGUCUGCUGAGAGAGAAAACGAAAAAAAAACGUUUUAGGGAUUUUUAUAACACUAAAAAGCAUAGUUUUUGACGAUAUUCGGGUAAUGGAACAAUUUGAGAGUUUCCACGUUGAAUGAUUUGGAGAAUCAAUUCGCCCGCAUGUGGACCGAGUGUCAGAAUUGCGCGAAGACUAUGCAGGACUCGGUUCGUUUUUUUCAACUACUCAUAGAAGAUUUUUUGGGUUUUUUUUUGUUUCCUCAAUUCUGGAUUCAGAUCAACUGCUCUGCCCGUGAUUGUCCGAUUUACUAUAUGAGAGACAAGGUUCGGAACGACCUGACUGAGGCUCAAAACGUCAUGGAACGGUUCGGCGAGCCGCGAUUCGUCUAA